CCAUCCCAUCCACGUUUCUGCAAUUUCCUCUCUCGUCCCUCGCGACACGACGGCGGCGCUCUCCGCCGACCGCGCCGCCUCCGCCCUCCCCUCCACCCGCCGGAGCUACUGCUUCCUCCCUCCCGAGGGGAGCCCCUCCUCCGCCUCCGCCUCCUCAGCGCCAGCCGCCCUCGAGCUCCCCCGCCCCGCUCUACUGGACUGGCGCCGAGCGGGAGGGGGAGAUCCACCCCCCGGGGCUCGGAUUGAUCCUGUUGGUGGGGUUUUGCAUGCUGUUUUGGGCGAGCAAUUUGGCAAGCGGAAUUGUGUUCCCGAAGGACAGACAUCAGGAGUUGGAGAGAGAUGUGCUGCUGCACUGUACGAGGGUACUGUUUUACCAAGGGAAGAUGGACAGAUUUAUUUAGCCUUGCCUGAGCUGUGAAUCUUGAAACCAUGGCUCGAAAAGGAAGUCAAAGUAAAAGUGCUCCAAAUCGUGCUCCAACUAACCGGCAAAAUACAACUAACAUCGAUGUACUAAAUACACCAAAAAGUGAUGUGAUGGAUGGUGACAAUCAAAGUUCACAUGUUCAAGGAAACUAUGGCCAGAAAACAAAAGGUAAUAAGAAGAACAACAGAAGCAAUGGCAUUUCAUCCUCAGGCAAAUCAGAUGACAGAGCCUCAAAACAGCAGUCAGUAGACACCAAUUAUGAUAUAAGCAAUUCAGGAGAAAAUGAAUUGUCAUUCAGUGCUCCCAAAGUAAGAAGAGAUGGCAGAAAAUCUUCACGGCGCGGAUGUGGUAAAAACUCAUCAAUAGAACAAACCCCAAUGCCGGUUUUUGCUAACAAAGUAUUGGAGAAGACCAGGUGCAUAGCUUGCAUGGCUGCAUCAAUUUUUAGGGCUUCCGUGAUGUAUAUAAUGGAAGAAAGCAAACUGCUAGUUGAGAGAAAUAGGCCAGCAAUCACAACUUUCAUGUCUAUUGUACAGAAGGGGCAUGACUAUGUCAGCGGGAAAAUUGGGUAUGCUUAUCCUAUUUGUCGGGCAUGGAUGUUUAAUGCUGGAAAGUUGAUAUUGCUCUUGUUGGCAGUUUGGUUCAACUGCAACAUAAGGGGCUUCGAUUCUUUGCUACGACUGGGGACAAACUCAUUCCUUGUGGUACUUUGGUGCAGCACGCUAUCAAUUUUUGCAAUGCUUGGACUAAAGAAAAUGCUAAUAUUAUUGGUAAUUUCUGCUGCUGUAGUUGCUUUUGUUGGUCUUGGUCUUGCUGUCCUGGUUAUUGCAGUGGUUGCCGUGGUGAUUUUGUGGCUGUAUGGAAGCUUUUGGACAACAAGUGCCAUCAUAAUUCUUGGAGGUGCUUCCUUUUUCUUGAAGCAUGAACGUUUUGCACUUCUUGUCACCUGCCUAUAUUCAAUGUAUUGUGCAAAAAGCUAUGUUGGAUGGCUUGGCUUGCUUUUGAGCCUGAACUUAUCUUUCAUUUCAAGUGAUGUUCUUGUGCAAUUCCUAAAGAACAAUGUAGACGAUAACAAAUCUACUGGCUCUUCAAGGAACUCUGGGCAAAAUUCAGGCAGAUCUGGCUUCUUUGGAGAAUUUCAACAAUCAUCAGCAGACAAUACCUCACAGUCCGGAUAUGCUCAACCAUCAGAUCGUGGCCCUGGUGAUCCUUCAACUAGUGGAGCUGAAAAAGAGCUGAACUCUGAAGAUGAGGUGGCUCGUUUACUGAACUGCACCGAUCACUAUUCAGCGUUAGGUUUUCAUCGUUAUGAAAGUAUAGAUGUGUCAUUACUCAAGAGAGAAUACAAGAAAAAGGCUAUGUUAGUCCACCCUGAUAAGAACAUGGGCAAUGAUAAAGCUGCUGAUGCAUUUAAAAAACUUCAAAAUGCUUAUGAGGUUCUUCUUGAUUCUUUGAAACGGAAGACAUAUGACGAUGAGUUAAGGAGGGAGGAGCUUUUAAAUUACUUCAGACGGUUUCAGAGUGCUUCUCAAAAGAAAGGAGGAAGUGGUUUUUUCCAACAAGGGUUUAGCCCUUCUGAAGGUGUUGAUGAAGGACCUCAUGGUUUAUCAAGAAGAAUAGCCUGCAAGAAAUGUGGUGACUUCCACCUGUGGAUUUAUACAGGAAGAGCUAAAUCACAAGCUAGAUGGUGUCAGGACUGCAAAGAUUUUCACCAAGCUAAAGAUGGGGAUGGAUGGGUUGAGCAGUCUUUUCAACCUGUUCUAUUUGGAUUGCUGCAAAAGCCUGAUUUGCCUCAUGCAUAUGUUUGUGCUGAAAGCAACAUUUUUGAUGUCACUGAGUGGUUCAGCUGUCAGGGAAUGAGAUGCCCAGCAAACACUCACAAGCCGAGCUUUCAUGUCAACGCCAGCUUGGCAAAGCAGAGCAGUGGCAAGGGGAGCACCUCGGCGCAGAGGGGUGGAGGGGUCCCUAACGGGGCAAACAUGGAUGGGGUAAUUGAUGAAGAGGAGUUCUUUGAGUGGUUGCAGAAUGCAAUGCAGUCUGGCAUGUUUGAAGCGUUUGGUGCGCAAAACGAGCCCACCUCUCCAGGAAGUGGAAGCAAUGGUAAGGGUAGUAAUAGCAGUAACAAGAAAAAGAAGAAGGGCAAGAAGCAAUGGUAACCGAAGAAGCUUUGGUAGCCAUUCCUCUGGUGAGCUGAAAGAAGUAAAACAGAUAUAGUUAUGCAGGAAAACACCGCAAUAAAAGGUCCUCCUGGCUUCACAAUCGACCUGACUCGGUUAAGGUGAUACCAUUUCAGAAUCAUGAUUCGACUUGCUGUGAUUCCAUAUGGAGAGAAUUGGAAAAUCAGAGAGAAAAGAGAGAACAUGUAUGUGACAAAGAUUGUUGAAGUGCAAAAUGCACAUAUGUUUAGCCCAUAUGAAUGAAUUGUUGGGCUGGUAGCGUAAGCUGCAAUUUCCGUAAUCCUGUCAUCAGUAUAUAUAUUGCAUCGUUCUGCUGAA